AUAGAAUUAUUGGACACUGUUGCCUUAAAUUUGCACAGAAUUGAUAAAGAUGUCCAGAGAUGUGAUCGGAAUUACUGGUAUUUUACUGCUGAUAACCUGGAGAAACUCCGGAAUGUCAUGUGCAGUUACGUUUGGGAGCACCUGGAAGUUGGUUAUGUUCAGGGCAUGUGUGACCUACUGGCUCCUUUGAUGGUGAUACUGGACAAUGAUCAACUGGCUUACAGCUGCUUCAGCCACCUCAUGAAGAGGAUGAGCCAGAACUUCCCCAAUGGAGGUGCUAUGGACACACACUUUGCCAACAUGCGAUCCCUAAUCCAAAUCCUAGACUCAGAGCUUUUUGAAUUGAUGCAUCAGAAUGGAGAUUACACUCACUUCUACUUCUGCUAUCGCUGGUUCCUGCUUGACUUUAAAAGAGCACUUGUAGAGGUUUAUCGAGAGAUUAUCCGUGAUAACAACAUGGACUUCACUGAUAUCAUCAAGUUUUUUAAUGAAAUGGCUGAGCAUCAUAACGCCCAGGAAAUCCUGAGGAUAGCAAGAGACCUAGUCUACAAAGUGCAGACACUGAUCGAAAAUAAGUGAUAAAGAGCAGACUGUCAUUGCGGCCUUGUUGUGAGCUAUGGGAUGGAGCAUUUCUUGCACUGGAACUUCAAAAUGUUGUUUUAAUUGCAUCUUCCAUGUAACAAAUAUUUAAGAGAUUUGUAAUAGACUUUUAAAAACGGAACUUUUCCCUCACCAGAUAUAGUUUGUGUUUGAUAGUCCUUGUUACACUCACUUUGUAUUUCAAGACCAAUUUUUUUUGCAUUCUCUUAUUUCCCUUUAUCUAGAAAACUGCCUAUUUACGCGUUU